GUGAGGUAGGGGAAUCACAAUUCACACACAUCCUUCGCUUUCUCUUGUCAGAGCGGUUUCGAAUGUUUCUCUCUCCUCGUCAACUUCAACUUCAACUUCAACUUCAACUUCUCUUCAACUUACACAGCAAGGGGAGGAAGCCCGGAAGGGAAGUCGCUUCCUUUGGAAGUUUUUCCUCUCUAUAAAUUUCUUGCUUGCUAUCCCCUAAAUACAUUGCAUUAAUUCUUAAAUACAUUGAACUCUGUCCCUGUCUGUGGCUAUAAAUACCCACCCCCUGGCUCUCUCUCUCUCUCACUCACUGUCACAGUUGCAUUGUUUCUCUCUGAAUUCUCAUCGCUUCUGCUGCUACUCUGCGAUCAGUUUCCCAAGCUUUAACAACAGUUGGUCGUGGCUUUGCAUUGCAACAUAACAUUCCCGUUUCUCUUUUGCAAUUUGUAGAGUGUGAGUGAGAUUCUGAGACAGAUUGAAAUUUGAAUCUUGUUGUCGUAGGAGAUGGCUAUGGAACCAACUCGCAUGGAGGUUGACGACGGAACCCAACAAUCUGCUGAUCCUCUCCCAUUCGCCAGAAGUUACCAACUGGAAGCAUUCGAUGCAGCAAUCAAGCGGAACACCAUAGUGUUCUUGGAGACCGGCUCUGGCAAAACUCUGAUUGCCAUAAUGCUUCUUCGGAGCUAUUCCCAUUUGCUCCGUAAACCUUCUCCCUUCGUUGCUGUCUUCUUGGUUCCCCAAGUUGUCUUGGUUCAACAGCAAGCUGACGCGAUCAAAAUGCACACCGACUUGAAUGUUGGUAUGUAUUGGGGAGACAUGGGAGUCGACUUCUGGGAUGCUAAGAUGUGGAAGCAGCAAAUAGAAAAAUAUGAGGUGCUUGUGAUGACUCAUGCAAUAUUGCUCAAUAAUCUGAGGCAUAGCUUCUUUAAACUAAGCAUGAUAAAGGUUUUGAUCAUGGAUGAAUGCCAUCAUGCCACUGGUAACCACGCAUAUGCUUGUAUAAUGAGGGACUUCUUUCAUCGUCAGUUAAAGUCUGGUCAAUCUGAGCUUCCAAGAAUAUUUGGAAUGACUGCUUCCCCCAUAAAAUCAAAAGGUGGAAAUCCAGAGUUAUCCUAUUGGAAAACAAUCCAUGAACUUGAGACACUGAUGAAUUCAAAGGUGUAUACAUGUGUUGAUGAAUCUGUGCUUGCUGAGUUUAUACCAACUUCAACUCCCAAGUUUAAAGUUUACAAACGCGGGAAGAUUCCAUCUGCCUUGUAUACAUGCUUAACAAAUCAGUUGAAUGAUUUGAAAGAUAAGCAUGAGUUGUCGACAAAAAGCUUGGACCUCGUUGAAUCUUCACAAUCCAUAAGGAAAAAGCUGAUGAAGUUUUUUUCAGCUUUAACAUUUUGUUUGGAAGAACUUGGUGUUUGGCUUGCUUUAAAGGCUGCGUGGUCCUUUUCACACAACUAUACUGACUUCUUUACCUGGGAGAAGCUAGAUGUGAUGGGUGAGAGAAUCAUUAGAAGUUUCAGUGAAGAAGCCUACAAUUCAUUUGCAUAUCUUCUUCCAUCUGAUCCAAAGUGGACAAUUGCUGAUGAUUUCGUUGGCAAUGUAAACAAAGGGUUUCUAACUUCCAAAGUUAUCUGUCUCAUCCAGUUGCUUCUUGAAUACAGGGGCCUAAAGAAUUUGAGAUGUAUAGUUUUUGUUGAACGGGUCAUCACAGCAGUUGUCCUGGAAUCUUUAUUGAAUGAAUUUCUUCCUAAACACAAUGACUGGAAGUCAAAGCACAUUGCUGGAAAUAACAGUGGGAUGCAAUCCCAAACCAGAAAAAAACACAACGAGAUUGUUGAAGAAUUUCGUAAUGGCAUGGUGAACAUCAUUGUUGCAACAUCGAUUCUUGAAGAGGGUUUAGAUGUUCAAAGCUGCAAUUUGGUUAUCAGAUUUGACCCUUCUUCCACUGUUUGUAGUUUCAUACAGUCUAGAGGCCGUGCUAGGAUGCAGAACUCUGAUUAUGUAUUAAUGGUGGAAAGUGGGGAUUCAAAUACACAUUCUCGGCUACAAAAUUAUCUUGCCAGUGGAGAUAUAAUGAGAAAGGAGUCCCUACGACAUUCUUCUCUUCCCUGUAGUUCGCUGGAAAUUGAUUUACAGGAUGAUGACUUCUACAGGGUCGAAAGCACUGGAGCAAGCUUGACCCUGGAGUCUUCUAUUUGUUUGAUGUACUUCUAUUGCUCCAGGCUCCCUUCUGAUGGAUAUUUUAAACCUGCUCCAAGGUGGGAUGAAGAGACCCGCACUCUACAUCUUCCCAAGAGCUGUCCAAUACCUUAUGUUCGUGUAGAAGGAAGUGCUAAAAUUCUGAAGAAAAUUGCAUGCUUUGAAGCUUGCAAGCAACUUCACAAGAUCGGUGCUUUAACGGAUAAUCUUGUUCCAGAUAUUGUUAUGGAAGAAGCCCCACAAGACUUUGAGAAUGAGCCUUAUGAUGAGGAGCAAUCCAGUUAUGUCCCAAGUGAAUUGGUCAAACCUUGUUCAACUGAUACUAGCAUUUUGUAUCACUGCUACUUUGUAGAGCUGGAUCAGAAAUUCGGAUAUGAGAUUCCGACUAUUGAUUUUGUGCUUGGCAUGAGGAGUAAGCUUGACAGUGAUAUUUCAAAGCAUUUUGAGUUAGAAUUUGGCAGGGGUUUUUUAACAGUGAACUUUAAAUAUGCUGGAUACAUGCUUCUUAAUUCAGAGCAGGUGCUUCACUGUAGAAGAUUCCAGAUCACAAUUUUCCGAAUUCUAAUGGAUCACAACUUGAAUAAGUUGAAAGAAGCUUUAGAUGGACUUUGUUCGGGAGAAAAUCUUGGACUUGAUUAUUUGUUGCUCCCAGGGACCAGAGUACAUCAGAGACCUUUGAGGAUUGAUUGGAAAUGCGUCACCUCUGUGUUAUUUUCACGUCAAGAAUAUAGUAAGGAACACACAGAAUGUUCUAUACCCCGUUUUGUACAUACCAAAAACGGUUUGAUUUGUACCUGCAUGAUCCGGAACUCCUUGGUGUGUACCCCUCAUAAUGGUAGCUUGUAUUGCAUCACUGGUUUGUUGGAGGAGUUGAAUGGAAACUCACUUCUGCAGCUUAGUGAUGGCAGAGUUCUCACUUACAAGAAGUACUACGUAGCACGGCAUGGGCUCAACUUGCGUUUUGACAAACAGUUGUUACUGAAAGGAAGACGCAUUUUCCACUUGAAAAAGCAUGUUCAGAGGGGCGGGCAACAGACAGAAAAAGAAUCAAGCAAUAUAUCUGUGGAAUUGCCUCCUGAACUGUGUUCUAUAAUCAUGUCACCCAUAUCAGCCAGCUGUUUAUACACAUUUUCAUUUGUUCCAUCUAUCAUGCAUCACCUGGAGGCUGUACUUAUUGCUGCCAACUUGAAAAAGAUGCUUUUGGAUCAGUGCAUGCAAAAGUUCAAAAUUCCAACCAUCAAGGUCUUGGAAGCUAUUACAACAAAAAAAAGCCAAGAAAAAAUUCAUUUGGAAUCCCUAGAGGCUCUUGGAGAUUCAUUUCUUAAAUAUGCUGCUAGCCAGCAGCUUUUUAGAACCUAUCAAAACAAUCAUGAAGGCCUUCUAAGUGUAAAGAAAGACAGAAUAGUUUCUAAUGCUGCCCUUUGCCGGGUUGGAUGCAACUACAAACUUCCGGGCUUUAUUCAGAACGAGCCUUUUGAUCCAAAAAAAUGGAUUAUACCUGGAGACUUUUCUGGACCUUGUCUGUUUAAAAAGGAGUUUCUUACCAAUGAAAGAAAUAUCUACAUUAGGGGAACAAGGAAGAUUAAAAGCAAGAGUAUUGCUGAUGUGGUUGAGGCACUAAUCGGUGCAUUUCUUAGCACUGGUGGUGAAAUGGCUGCUGUGUACUUCAUGAAUUGGGUUGGUAUAAAGGUUGAUUUUACAUAUAUACCAUAUGAGAGGAGCUUUCCAGUGGAGCCAGAAAAGCUUGUUAAUGUGAAACGUUUAGAAUCUCUACUGAACUACUCAUUCCGUGAUCCUUCCCUUCUAGUGGAAGCACUAACUCAUGGUUCUUACAUGCUCCCUGAGAUCCCAGGAUGUUACCAGCGGUUAGAAUUUCUUGGGGAUGCAGUCUUAGAUUACCUGAUCACUAUUUAUUUGUACAACAAAUAUCCUGGAAUGUCACCAGGAGUUUUAACUGACAUGAGGUCUGCUUCGGUGAAUAAUGAUUGUUAUGCCCGAUCUGCUGUGAAGGCUGAAUUGCACAAGCACAUUCUCCAUGCUUCACACAAGCUCCACAAGGAUAUAGUUCACACAAUUGCUAAUUUUCAGAGGUUAUCUACAGAAUCUACUUUUGGCUGGGAAUCUGAGACAUCAUUCCCCAAGGUACUUGGAGAUAUUGUCGAGUCUCUAGGAGGGGCAAUUUUUGUUGAUUCUGGAUAUGAUAAGAAUAUUGUAUUUCAGAGUAUUCGUCCUCUCUUAGAGCCCUUGAUUACUCCAGAAACAAUGACGCUUCAUCCUGCAAGAGAGUUGAAUGAAUAUUGUUCGAAAAUGCAUUAUGAUAUGAAGAAACCAUGGAAAUCCUUCCAAAAUGAUUCUGCUACCAUUACAAUAGAGGUUGAAGCUAAUGGGGUCACAUACAAGCAUGCAUCAACAGCUUCCGAUUGGAAGACAGCAAAAAAAUUAGCAUGUAAAGAAGUCUUGAGGUCCUUGAAAGAGAGUGCUGAAUCAUCAAAAUGAACUACAGAUUCAAAUGCGAAGGAUGCAAGACAUGGUCGUGUACAUAGUAAUGUAUAUCAGUAUAAAGCAGGUCAGGUGUGACGGAAUUGUAACAGCCGUUGGCAAUGACAGAUUAUGUGUUAUUGAUUGAUGGAGUAAAAAUGCAGUGGUGUAGUAUAAAAUGUAGUACUGCUGCCCUAAUCAAUGAUGUAUCAAUUGUUUCACAUUUAUAGGAUUUCCUUGUGCAUUAUGCAU